AACAGAUUGGGGUGCGAGUUGUACGAGGCAGCUGCAGCAGGCAAAGUGGGGGACAUGCAGAAGCCGUUCGCUGCAGGUGCGAGCCUAGAGGUUGGCGACUCGGACUGUGAGACUCCUCUGUUUAUGGCUGGCUCAGAGGGCCGCGUGGAGGCCGUGAGAUGGCUGUUGAAAGUCGGGGCACAAGCAGACAGAAGAAACUACUACGAGCAAACGCCCCUGCACAAGGCGGCAGAGAGGGGCCACGCGUCCGUGAUAGACCUGCUGGUGGCUGCCUGUGCCAGCGCCUGCGCCGACGUCACGGACAAUGGCGGCGACACGCCGCUACAUCUGUCAGCAGAGCACGGACACCUGGAGGCAACGAGAGCGCUGCUUCAGGCUGGGGCUGAUAGAGGCGUCAAAAAUGAAGAGCAGAGAACGCCACUGGACGUCGCAAUCAAGCACAAUAGACAGGAAGUCGUAGAUAUUCUGAUGAACUACUCUUCCUGAAAAUUAAAAGCUUUUGCUUGCGUCUUCCUACUUUUUCUGCUAAUGCGACAGUGCGGAACAGUUGAAUGUGUAGAUGCAUCAAAGCUGCAUAUCACGUUGCAAAGACUUUCCACCAUAUUUCAUGUCAAACAACAUAACAUGCACUUUCAUUAGCAACAGUUAUAAUUACAAGGGAAUUGUCCCCGAUACUACAUCAUUACCACUAAUUAUUUUUCCUGUCCCGAACAUUUAAUGUUCACAAAAUGGCUGAAAAAUUUACCAGCCAUGUUGCAGACCACCUCUUCCUAACAUUUGCAAACCAGAAUGACAGUUUUUAACCCAUUACUGGCCAAAACUCUAUCGGAUCAUUUUUUGCAAACUUUUAUACAUAAAUACGUUAUAUGGAGUGAUUAAUUGAAUAAAAAGUUGUUUUGAAAAUUUUCAGCU